GCUAAGUUUGUCAUAUGAUUUUAAAAGUUCUUGAAUUUCUCCACAACUUCCUCUAAAACUGCUUCAAAUGUCUUGCGUUGCAUAAAUUAUGGUAUCUGAGGGAUUGACAAGAUGAUCCAAUGCACAUAGAAGCUUACAUCUAAUCAAGAUAUCGUCAAUCAGUAGAGAUAAAGAGAAUUUCCAAUAUAUGAUCAGAGUGAAGAUAAAUUUGACUAAUGAUGCUGAAAUCUUGAGGAGGCCAACAUGAAAGGUGUCAUAGUGUUCAGUCAGGAAAAUGUUGAUGUGCUGUUUCUCUGGACAGAUGAUCCAUUUAGACUACACAUCAACAAGCAAGCAGCUAGCAAGGGUAUGAUAGAGACAUCACAAAUAGAGGGAGCCAUUGAUCCUAACAUCCUUGUGCAACUCAUGCUCCCCCUGGUGGCAUCUCAAAUCUCCAUGAUUAACCACCUUAAGAACCCGUAUUCUUCUAUAAGACUUGAGAAUGGCAUUACAUUCAUACUGAAACAGUUUGAAGACCAGAUUUACAUAGGAGUGAAUGGAGAUGACGAUGAAGAUGAGACAAUGAUGCAUCGGAAACUGUUGGUAUUUCAUCGACUUGUGACAUUCCUCUAUGGACCUGAUACAGCAGCAAUUCACCCUGACCACAGCAAUGAGAGGUUGUGCAGAUGGAACUUUCUCUCAGACCUCCUGGAGACCUGGAUACGACUGGCUGAGGAGGAACAAUGCUUCCUUGUAGAGGCCAUAGAGCGUCUUCAUGUAAAUGCCAGUUUGAAUGCGAAGUGCAUAGAACUUCUAGAGACUGUGGUUACUCAGGCAAAGACGAUGGACAGACAAGUUCAACAUGCUUUAUUGCUGGUCAACUGUAAACUAUUGGCACUUUACUCAAUUCGUAACUCCAGUGAGCUCCAGGCUGCAGAUAUCUUACUCAAAAUCUUACUAGUACAGCAGAUGUUCCCUAGACGACGUACUUUGGAGGACCUAUUUUCUGUGUCAUUUCGCAGUCCCCGCCCCCUAUCCAACCAAGCAGAGCACACAGCCCCUGUUGACAUAAAGAAGGUGUAUACAUAUGAGAGUGCCCUUUCAAACAUGGAGAAUUCCAGCACAGAUAGUGAGCAAGAGCAGUAUUUCAGCUCAAGGUCUACUCCAAUGAGCCCAGCCAAGAGAGAAGGUCCCAGUGAUGUGCCGUGGGAGACUGAUGAAGCAAACCCUGAUCAAGCACAUGUCAAGAAGUUAACAACUGAUGUGGCAAAAGAAGACUUCAACGCACUUAAGGCAUCAACACCAACCUCAAAAGGAACCACUCAGGAUCCAAUGAACACAGAUGUAUUGUCUCCCAUCCAUCUGGACACUGAUUCUCUUCAAAUGGCUGACAGCUCAAUAGAUGACGCCACUGCCCUGUCUCCUAGUUACCAGGAUGAUGGAGACUACAAGACCAAGGUUGUGUUUAUCAGGAGCCAGAACUGUCAAUAUUCUCCCCACCAGCUACAUUGUCUCCAUAUUACCCCUGGCAUAGUGUUGGUGCUUGUUAGUGAGAUGCCCCACUGUAAGAAGGCAACUUUGAUCUGUCAGAUGCUGGCAGUGCUGAAGGCCAUACUCCAGGGCAACAGACAUGAUAUUGGAAGUGGUAAACCCGCCUAUGAUAUGAUUGAUAGUAAUAUAAGAAAGCUAAGUGAAGCAUUGAAGAAGGCGAAGGGUUUUGAGAAGAGAUUGCGUGAGCUGUCUGGUCGUUGGGACCUGUGUAAAAAGCAUGGUAUCCUAAUACAUCUGGAAGAAAACAAGGCUGAGAUGAUCCCUGUGCUGGAGAAUAAUGUGAAUGCCACAUAUAAAAGCCUGCUACAAUUAUUCCGGAAACUAUAUCUCAAUUCACCCGCCAACCUUGAUCCAGACUUACACGAUAACAUGUUGUUUAUACAAAAGAUGAUGCAACAACAUCUUCGUGACUACACAGACUACUUGGUUGUCAAGGCUCAAAGGAACAUCACUAUGACAACAUAUCCUUUUUGUUGCACCAUUGAAGUCACUUGGUUAAAAACUGAGUGUGUCAGGUCAUAUCAAGAGGACUUCCCUGGCCUUGUGCACUUUAUAUAUGUUGAUAGAAUGACCAAUCAGAUAACAGUCCCAUCCAUCAAUGUCUCGGCAGAUGAUCCAGAAUCUGACAUGGAGAGGGGAGAUAUGGGGAAAGUGCUCAAGAAAAAGGUAUGGGAGAUGGUUCACUGGAUGCAGAGAAAGUUACAAAAUGGUAUUACAUCAAUGGGGCUCCAAGAGGGGGACUUUCACUACUCAUACUUUGUAUGGUUUGAGGACCCUACAGGUCACAGUCUGAGUGUGCAACAUCCAUUCCAUGGUAAUCCAAAUAGUAUUCCCCCUGGUAUAUUGGCAGGUAACUUCUACAGAGGACUGGUUAGGCAGUGUUUCCCCAGUGCUGUGCAACGGACUGUGCAUUGUUAUGAACUGAUAUGUAUGCAUAUGGGCCAGGUUACACCAGAAUUUGCACUUGAACAAAGCAAAAAGCUCUCCAAUCAUCUAUGGCAGACAUCCGGUGAGGCCCAGGCACCCAUAAGUUUACUCUCCUAGAACUUUAUUGUUAUUAAUAUAAUUCACCAUUGUCCUCAAUUUCUUACCUGAAAACUUAACAGUUUUCCAAAAGCAUAUGAACAUACAAUAAUGUAUGGAUGUCAACAGGAAAACUGUUGCAUUGAGAAUUGUGAGGCUUCUGAUCAGCAGAACUGUUGCAAGGAGAGUUAUCAGGCUUCUAAUGAGCUUAUCUGUACAAUCUAUAUGUAUGGGCACAUAUUUUAUCUUUUGAGGAAUCCAACUCUUGCCAGAGAAGGGGAGAGAAAUAAGUAUAUAGCACGCAAGCAUCAAUUACUUUAAUCUAUCCUAUCCAGUUUGGCCUUACCAUGAGGCGCAGGGAUAGAUUUGACAUGAAAUUGGCAUACCGGUGCUCUGUUUUA